AUGCUCCUCCGCCUCCUGCCCACCCCCACGCCCCACAACCCCUCCCCCCUCACCAUCCUCUUCACCCUCCCCCUGCCGACCCACCCCUACACCUCGCGCUCCCUGCCCCUUCCCCCCGCCCUCCUCUCACACCGCAACCUCUGCGUACAGGAAAACGUCGAGUGCCCCAACAUCCUCCUCGGCGAGUGCGCCAGCUGGGUCGCAGGCAUCAUUGACGAUGUCACCUUUUCCCUCCCACUCCUCACUAUCGCAGUCAACUUUGUCGACGGCACCUCCAUGACUAUGCCCAUCACCGACGACUGUGUCAAGCGCCUCGACAGGGUGGUCGACCAAGUUCAGAUGUCGUUUGCUACCACUGCGCCCAGUCCAGUAGCCAGCCCAAGAACAAGCUCGAGCUCUGCCGGCUCCUCGUCAGCAUCAGUCUACAACGAGGCGGGAGAUAACGUACCGCGUCGUUCCUUCUUGUACAACAUUCUUUCACCCCUUCUCCCAAGCUCGCCUCAGGUGCAAUCUCAGCCUUCACCACGCGCGCAAACAGUAUCGUCUGCCUCUGCCCGCGUUCACAGGCGUCUGGCGCGCUCCAUCCUCGUCGACACAUACCGCUGCUAUGUCCUGUCAGUCUUGAAGGAGAGCCUGCCAUCGGCCUACUUGCCUUGGUCUAUCCAGUCCGAGUGCAACAGAAUGUCUGCCGAGUUUGAAAAGCUCCAGUCGGAAAUCAACGCUUUGCUUGCCAAGUCAAAGUCGGUCGAACCUAGGGAACUUGCACCUGCAAGGAGCCGCUCCACGUCGACCUCUUCUGACCAUGCGUCGUCGUCCUGCUCCGACUCAGAGUGCUCGUCUACCGACGCCACCUCGGUCGACUCUCUGCCCCCACGUGCCACCCCGCAAGCAUACCUCGUCUCCCUCCCACCCGUCCACUCCUUGCCUUCUGGCUUGCGCACCCAGUACACCUUUCUUCUCUCCCGGCUCACCAAGAUCGCAUCACGCAAGAGCCAGCUGCGCAAGCUCGGGAUGCGGUACGACAGGGAAGACGGUAAGCGCGCGUGGCUUGAAAACCUCGAGCGUGGCAGGUUGGCAGACAAGGUCGUGCGCCGUUCGUGGGGCAACCUCGAGCUGCCGCUCAGUAUGCGCAGCAGCUACACCUCGAUGCCCCAACAAGGGACGAGGCUUUGGCGAUCGGUUACGGCAGAGGAUGUCGAGCGCGAGAGGCAGGAGCGCGAGGCGAGAUCAAGGUUGAUGGCGGACACGCCGUAUGCCUUUGGUGAGGAGGAUGAGGAUAGCGAUGCCGCGUCGUUUACCAGCGAGGACGACUUGCCCGUCACGCCCACCACCAAGCCCACUUUUCCCCUCAUCCGCCCCGUCAUGCCUGCCCAUACCGAGCAAGGCUGCGAGCCUGGUAGGCUCUACGUCUCUGUCGAAGAGUGUGAGCCAGAGUCGCCCGUCAAAUCAAGAGUGGCUUCCCCACCACCCCUCAUCCACUCUUCUCCCAACAACCGUGUCGUAUCCUCCUUUAACGAGUACCGCGCGUCAUGGGAAGAUAAUCCCGUCGUCGGCAAAGUCACUUCCGCGAUGGAGAGUCUCAUGCUCGCGGGGCCGUUGAUCAAGGCCAAGCUGGCUGUCGCGGAAGAGGCGGAUGCGAAUGGCGAGGUGCAGAUGGAGAGGUUUUAUGGGCAAUGCGGGCUGCAUGUCUGA